AUGGCUCGGCGAGCUAAUAAUUUCUCAAUUACCAAUUUAGCAAGUGGGAGUACAAAGUCUGCCUUGCACAUACAAAGGAAGAGAUUAACGGAACAUGAAAUUGAAAAUUUACACCACGAACUGGAGACUGUUGAUCACACAAUAGACUUACAAAGGCUUUGCGAGAAAUACAAUACAAACAUAGAGUUUGGUUUAAAUAACGAAAGAGCUAAAAAUGUGUUAGAAAGAGAUGGUCCCAAUGCUAUCUCCCCACCAAAAAUAACGCCCGAAUAUAUUAAAUUCUUAAAAUGCAUGUGCGGCGGUUUUGCUACUUUAUUAUGGACAUGUGCAGCCCUGUGUUUCGUAUUAUACGCGCUUGAUACAGAUGAUGAUGGCAUACAGUGGUUCGGAGUGAUCAUUGUUGCUAUUUGCAUUAUAUCAGGUUUAUUCGCUUACUAUCAAGAGAGUAAGAAUUCGAAGAUUAUGGAUUCUUUUUCAAAGAUGGUUCCAACCUGUGCCCUGGUUAUCAGAGAAGGAGUGAUGCUUGAAGUACCUACAGAAGAAGUUGUUGUAGGUGAUUUGGUGAAAAUAAAACUUGGAGAUAAAGUUCCAGCUGAUAUUAGAAUUAUAGAUUGCGUAGGACUUAGAGUGGAAAACUCUAGCAUAACAGGAGAAAGCGAACCUCAGUCACGAUCUGACAAGCCAACUGACCGCAACCCUCUGGAAUCACAAAACGUAGCAUUCUUCUCAUCUUAUGCCGUCGCCGGUGAAGCAAGAGGUAUCGUUAUUGCUACUGGGGACCGUACAAUGAUUGGACGGUUGGCUGGCCUUACAACAAACCUCAAGAAGGUAGAAACACCUAUAGCCAAGGAAAUCAGACAUUUUGUACACAUAAUUACUGUUGUAGCUAUUAUUUCUGGUUUCUUAUUUUUUAUAUUAGCAUUACUUUUGGGUUACAAUCUUGUAAAGUCGUUUACCUAUUUGUUAGGCAUCGUCAUUGCUAAUGUACCAGAAGUGUUACUUGUAACAGUAACGACAAGUCUGACACUAACAGCUAAAAAAAUGGCAACAAAAAAUUGUUUGGUCAAAAAUUUGGAAGCAGUAGAAACUCUGGGAUCAACAUCAACCAUUUGCUCGGAUAAAACAGGAACUUUGACACAAAAUAAAAUGACUGUAUCCCAUUUGUGGUUUGCAAAUGAGACCCAUCAGAUUGUUGCGAAUCCAAAUUUAGGGGCGGAAAGAGAUCUUCUGCUCGAAAAACCAGCAUUCAACAUGCUCGUUAAGGCUGCUACUCUUUGCCUGCGCGCAGAGUUUAAAAUGAGGUUGACUCCAGAUGCUAUUGUACUGCCGAUUGACGACUGGGAAGUUAUAGGUGAUGCCUCAGAGACAGGCAUUCUCAAAUUUUGCGAGCACAUUCAUCACACUACAAAGUUUCGUACCCAAUUCCCUAAAGUAGCUGAAGUCCCGUUUGACUCGUCAACAAAAUUCCAAAUGUCUAUACAUAGAGAGGAGAAAGGUGGAUACAUAAUGAUACUGAAGGGAGCUCCAGAGAUAAUAAUAGAAUUAUGCAGUACGAUAUUGGAAAUUGGUGGAAGUUCUGGGGCAAUGAGUGGUACAGUCAAAUCAACUGUACGAAAAGCCUGCACUGAUCUAGGAUAUUUAGGAGAACGAGUUUUAGCCUACUGUGAUUUACAUCUACCAGAGAGCCAGUAUGGGCUUGACUUUGUAUUCAACACAAACGAUUCAAAGCAACAAAAUUAUCCGCACGAUGGUUACAGAUUUCUCGGAUUGAUCAGCUUGAUCGAUCCGCCUAGACCAACAGUUCCAGAUGCUGUAAGAAAAUGCCGAAGCGCUGGAAUUAAGGUAAUAAUGGUUACAGGUGAUCAUCCAGUCACGGCUAUGGCUAUUGCUAAAAAAGUUGGCAUAAUAGGAGAAGGUCAUGAAACGAAGUAUGAAGCUGCUAUGAUUCGCAAUAUAUCCAUCUCGCAGUUUGAGGGCGCAGAAAGUGUUGCCAUCGUGGUUACCGGUAAUGAACUCAGAAACAUGGAGACGCAUCAAUUGGACUUGCUCAUAAGGGACUAUGAGGAAAUUGUAUUUGCCCGUACAUCUCCUCAACAAAAAUUACUUAUCGUAGAAAGCUGUCAACGUUUGGGAGAGAUUGUUGCUGUCACUGGAGAUGGAGUAAACGAUUCGCCGGCUCUAAGAAAGGCUGAUAUUGGGAUUGCUAUGGGUAUCACUGGAUCGGAUGUGGCAAAGAACGCUGCUGACAUGAUACUAAUGGAUGAUAACUUUGCCUCUAUUGUGAUUGGAAUCGAAGAAGGCCGAUUAAUAUUUGACAAUUUGAAAAAAUCAAUUGCUUAUACAUUAACAUCAAGUGUUCCUGAAAUGCUGCCCCUGUUGAGUACAAUAGUAUUCGACAUACCACUUCCAUUUGUCAUUGAAAUGGUACUGUGUGUUGACAUAGGAACGGACUUAUUACCAGCGAUUGCACUAGCUUACGAAAAAGCCGAAUCUGAUAUAAUGCGUCGCGCACCGAGGAAUCCCCAGCGUGACAAACUGGUAAACAAGCGUUUGAUUUCUAUGACUUAUGGUCAAAUUGGUAUGAUACAAUCACUGGCGGGAUUUUACACUUAUUUUACUAUCCUUAGUUUUUACGGAUUUUUCCCCCGUGACUUAAUUGGAUUGCGAUCGCAAUGGGAAUCUCAGACUAUCAAUAAUUUGACAGAUUCAUUUGGCCAACAAUGGAAUUACCAAGACAGAAUGUCUCUACUACACACAGCACGUACUGGCUAUUUUAUUUCUAUAGUAAUAACUCAGAUGGUAGACUUAGUAAUAUGUAAAACACGUCGAAAUUCAAUUUUUCAACAAGGUAUGGGUAACUGGUUUUUGAACUUUUCAUUUUUCUUCGAGAUGGCUCUAACGGCAAUACUGUUAUAUGUACCUGGGACGGAGAUUAUAUUUCAGACAGUUAGUUUAGAUCCAAUUUGGUUCCUGCCAUGUUUACCUUUUGCGAUUUUGCUUUGGAUAUAUGACGAAUUACGAAGACUGUGUAUUCGUACGUGGCCAGGAGGUUUUGUUGAAACUGAAACGUACUAUUAACAUUGCGC